GAAGAGCGGCAAAGUGGGAAGGAGAGAGAAAGAGAGAGAAGAAAGAAAAUAAGUUGUAGCGUAGCGCAGCAGCAGCAAGAGUAAGCAAGAGUUUGUUGGAGUUGUUGAUCUCAGUUGAUCUGAAAGUUCAUGAGCAUUCAUGAGAGUGAUCCGAGCAGAUCCAAGCUGUGGUGUGUAGUGGAUUGUGUGUGAUACAAGUUUAGGAAGCUAGUUCCUCAGAAUUGUAAGGGUUACCUUUUAUGGUAAUCCAGUUAAUAAGAAAAAAAUAAAACGAUAGAUAUAUAUUUGUAAUGCUGUAUAAAAUCAACAAUAAUACGGAAUAGAAGAUAUAAUUUUAAAAAUAAUGAUGGAUAUAAUAUACAAGACAGUGAUUGCUAUAUCUUUGGCGAUAUGUAUCACUGAAAUCGCAGCUACUCUUCCUCCGCCUGAAAGAUUGACAGGAAUGAAUCCAUGUAUUAGCAAACAAACUUGUCAUGACUGUAUACAAACGCCUCAUUGUGCUUGGUGUGCAGCACCAAAAUUCAAUGAAAAACGUUGCUUUCUACCAAAUAUAAAUACUAAAAUAUUUGCAACAUGUCCGGAAGAAUUUACAUGGAAUCCUGAUAAUGUAUUUAGUAUGGUAAGACAUCGGAAUUUAACCAAGGGUGGAUUUAUUGCUGGUGGUGAAAGCUCUGGAUUUAUUGGUUCAUCUAUUUCUUCCUCUUCAUCGUCAUCAUCAUCAAGCAGUUCAUCAUCUUGGAGUAGCAGUAGCAGUAGCAGCAGUUCAAGUAGACAGGAAGCUGUUCAAAUAUGGCCUCAAGAAGUUAAUUUAAAACUUCGAAUAAAUGAAGCACACAGAAUGUCCUUUGCUUAUUCACAAGCUGAAGAUUAUCCAGUUGAUCUUUAUUAUCUUAUGGACUUGAGUAAAUCUAUGGAAGAUGAUAAACAAAAAUUAUCGGAUUUAGGACAGCUUCUUGUUGAGAGUAUGAGUAAAAUAACAAGUAACUUCCGUUUAGGAUUUGGUAGUUUUGUUGAUAAAGUUGUUAUGCCAUAUGUCAGUACAUUGCCGAAAGCACUUAUUGAGCCAUGCGAUGGAUGUGCGGCACCUUAUGGUUACAAAAAUGUUAUGAGAUUGUCAACUGAUACCAGUGCAUUUGCCAGCUUGGUGAGUAACGCAUCCGUCUCUGGUAAUUUGGAUGCUCCUGAGGGUGGUUUUGAUGCUAUCAUGCAGGCUAUUGUGUGUAGACGUGAAAUUGGUUGGCGUGAAAAAGCUCGAAGGCUGUUGGUAUUUUCAACAGACGCUGGAUUUCACUAUGCCGGUGACGGUAAAUUAGGUGGUAUUAUACGGCCAAAUGACGGUAUGUGUCAUCUUGACCAUACUGGGCUUUAUACUCAUUCAUCAGUACAAGACUAUCCGAGUAUAUCUCAAGUUAAUUUAAAAGUUAAACAAAAUGCUAUAAAUAUUAUUUGGGCAGUUACUGAGGAACAGAUAAGUGUCUAUAAAAGAUUAACAAAACAUGUUGAGGGUUCAUUUGCUGGUAAACUUUCCAAUGACUCGAGUAAUAUUGUUGAAUUGAUAAGAGAACAGUAUGAUAAAAUAUCAAGUUCUGUUGAAAUGAAAGAUACUGCUAGUAGUGUUAUUAAAGUUAGAUAUCUUUCGAGUUGUUUAAAUGACGGACCUCCAAUAGAAACGUCAAAAUGUGAUGGAUUAAAGGUCGGAACAAAAGUUGAAUUCAUAGCGGAAAUAGAGGUAACAAGUUGCCCUACAAAUCGCUCUGAAUGGAAACAAAAAUUCGAUAUAUAUCCCGUUGGAAUAAAUGAAACGUUGACUGUUAAUUUAGAAAUGCUUUGUGAUUGUGAAUGUGAACAUGAGGGUCCAAUGUAUGAGCCUAAAUCACCAGAAUGUAAUGGUGUAGGCACAUUAAAAUGUGGUGUUUGUGAAUGCUAUGAUGGAUUCUUCGGCAAACAUUGUGAAUGCAGUUCACACCAGGAAAUAACUGGAUUUGAUCGUAAUUUCCAAUCCUGUCGACCGGACAAUACAUCUCUGGUAGACUGUUCCGGCCGUGGGACAUGUGCAUGCGGUCAAUGUGAAUGCGAAGAACGUGAAAAUCCUGAAGAAAUUAUUUCAGGUCAUUUUUGUGAAUGCGAUAACUUUUCAUGUGAUCGUGAUGAAGGACAUCUUUGUUCGAAUCACGGUACAUGCCAAUGUGGACAGUGUGUUUGUAAUGCAGGUUGGACUGGUCCAAGCUGUAAAUGUCGAUCUUCCAAUGAUACCUGUAUCGCUCCAGGUACUAUCAACGGCCUUUUAUGUUCUGGUCAUGGUGAUUGUGUUUGUGGUGAAUGUGAAUGCCAUGAGGAGGGUAAUAUACGAUACUCUGGUAAGCACUGUAACAAAUGUCCAACUUGUCCAAGUCGUUGCGAAGAAUUAAAACCUUGUGUUCAGUGUCAAAUGUACAAAACUGGAAAUUUAACUGAGGAAGAGUGUGCCAGAGUUUGCACAGAGUUUGUACCUGAGCCUGUCGAAGCUGUAAUAGUCGAUGUCGACAAUGAUGAAGUCCCGUGUUAUGGAACUGAUGAGUACGAUUGUAAAUACAAUUUUGUAUACUAUUAUGAUGGACAAAACUGUCUGAAAGUGAAAGCUCAAGCUGAACGAGAAUGUCCUUCUCCGGUUUACGUCCUGGGAAUAGUACUUGGAGUAAUAGCGGCUAUCGUUCUUAUUGGUUUAGCAUUUUUAUUGCUCUGGAAACUUUUAACGACAAUUCACGAUCGAAGAGAGUUUGCGAAAUUCGAAAAAGAACGAAUGAUGGCUAAAUGGGAUACGGGAGAAAACCCAAUUUAUAAACAAGCAACAUCCACAUUUAAAAAUCCUACUUAUGCUGGCAAGUAAAAAAGGACAACGACCAACUUAAAAAUUUUUUUUAACAAAAUUUGUUACUUCCAACUUUAUGUAAAAGAAUAAUGUUUUUUAAACUAUUCAUUUUUUUUUUAGUUUAUUACAUUAGUAUAAAAAAAAAAUUCGGUAAAUAUUAAAAUUUUUAUUUUCUAUUAUUCGUCGUGUUAUUGCAAUACUGCCAUAUAAUAUAAUAGUUAAACUACGACGAAAGCGGGUGUGAAUAAUGACAACAUGUAAAGAGAACGUCCAGUAAAAUAUCUAACUUGUCUUUUUUUAUUUAUUUUUAUCAUUUUAAUUUUUUUUUUUAAAUAUUAGUGAAUAAAUUUAAUACAUUAUGAUAAUGUAAUUAAAUAGCUCCCUAUUGGAUUAUUUAAACGUGAUUUAAAUUUUUCCUUUUUAUUUUUAUUAAAGUGCCUUUUCUAUAUAUACAUAUAGAGUGAUCAAAUAAGUAAUGAUGCUGUAAUAAUCUAAAAUAUUUAUGAAUUUUAAACACUCAUUACAAUUAUACUUAGCAUUUUAAAUUAUUUAAAUUAUGAAAAGUAACUUUUUUAAAAUUUAUUUGUCGAAAUUUAAAAAUCUGUCUCCCAGUGUAUGAUUAAAUUUUAUAAACAAGGCCAAAGUGACUUUUAUCGAAUUUCUUUAUCUUUUCUUAUUUUUAAUUAUAAUUAUUAAAUUACUUAAUUUUUUUAUAAGUAUGACUAACAAUAAUAAUAAUAAUAAUAAUAAUAAUACUUAGUAAAGAAAAAAAUAAAUAAAAUAAUGUACACAAUUUUGUAUUGAAUUGCCAUAGUGAAUUGCAUUUUUUAAAAUUUAUUUUUAUAUAUUUUAUUGAAUUAUUAAUUGUAAGUUUAUUAAUUAUUAUUUUAUUUUAUUUUCAAUAUUUAUAUAACGAUCUUAACUACUGUUUAUAACUAUAAAACAUAUAUACAAUAACGUAAUUCUCUGUGCCGACAUAUCGUUAACUGUUUUGUAAAACCUCAUCUAUUGAUACGUAUAAAUGUAAAUUUAUUUUGUUGCAAUUAUACAGCUAAAAUAUUAAUUAAAGUUAUGAUGAAAUUAUAAAAUAUAUAAAUCUGUAUAUUAAUUAACAUAAUUUAUAAUUAAAGAGAUUGAAGAAAUACAUAAUAAAUAUGUUGUUUUUGUACGAAAAAGAUGAUUCAGCACAGUUGAAAAAAAUAUAUCGUUGGUUUCUUUUUUAACAUUUUUUUUUUUCUAAUGUACUAUAUGUAAUUGUUGCGAGUAUUCGUAGCGGAAGCCAAGAUAUCUAUUUAAAGGAACUUGAUGACCAAUCAAGGUACCAUACGUUGUUUAAUUAAUUUAAAAAAAAAAAAAAAAAAAAAAAAAAAAAAAAAAGUAUUGUAUGAUAAAUAUGAAAUGACUGAAUAAUUAUCUAAAAUGUUUAAGAGUGCGUGGAUGU